CAACUAUCACACACACUUGUAAAAUACUACACACAUCAAUACAUCUAUACAACACACACACAUACACACACAAAAACCUCUUCAAAAUGUCCAACAUGGGUGAUCGCGCUGCUGGCACUGCCAAAUCGUACAUGGGAGGAGCCAAGCAGACUGUAGGAGAGACUCUUGGAGACAACAGCAUGGCAGCUUCUGGAGCUGAGCAGAAGGCUCACGGUGAAGCCCAAAGGGCUGGAGCAGAAGCCAAGUCUCAUGCCGAAGGUACAGGCCACAAGCUCGAGGGCAAGGCUCAGAAGGCUAUGGGCUCGAUGACCGGAGACACUUCUCAACAAGCCAGAGGCCAUGGCAACGAGGCCAAGGGUGACAUGGAACGCAGAGUCUAAGGAG